GCAGAGAGAGAGAGAAAAGACAUUUGCUGAUUAGAAACCCAGUGGCCUCUCUUGCUUCGCUCCUUGAGGACAUGAAUUUCUUUUCCUGGAUCCGUUUCUUCUUCCUCUUUUCGCUGGUGGCUUAUGUCCUCGGUCUCCAGUGCUACUCUUGUGAUGGGGACAGCAACUGCCUGGAAGCACGCGUCUGCCCGGAACAUCAGGAUCGAUGCCGCACUACCGUCAUGACAACGUUAACCCGAUCGGGGAUCUCGACAUACUACCACAAGGACUGCGACGUGAGCGGGAAGGCCAACAAUUCUGUUUCGUACCUCUCCCACAACCAGGUUGUGUUUUUGGCGGAGGAGCACUGCGAGAGCGAACUCUGCAACGAACACGCACCGAACGUACUGGACGUUCUCCUCGCCCGGGGUCGCCCACCAAACCUCAAGCAGUGCUAUUCUUGUAGCUCGGCCGAUGAGUCCUGCUUCAAUUCCACCCUGGCUCAGAUGCGCUGUUCUAGGCCCGGAGAGCAGUGUGUGGACAUCACAUCCUUCACGGUGCCAGAAGAGUUCUCCCAGGACGAAUUGCACAUCAAAGGUUGUGGGCAGCUCUCCCACUGCCAAGAGACCCUGGGAUUCCACAACCAGGACAGCUUCUACCUGAUCAAAUGCUGCAACUCCAGCUUGUGCAACAAAGAGACGCAAGACUAUAAAGCUUCACCCCUCCCCUUGAAUGGGGCGACAUGCUACAGCUGCGAGGGGAACUUCAGUCAUGGUUGUGCCCCUGGGGACAUCACCCAGGAACAGUGUCGGGGCCCCAUGAGCCAGUGCUUAGAGGCCUCGGGAAUAGAUGGUGUCUCCGGCCAGAGCUCCAUCGUCAAGGGCUGCGCUUCCUCUUCAUGGUGCAACAGCCCCUACACCUCCAUCUACAAGAACCUGGGGGCCCCCUAUACCCGCUGCUGCACCGGCAAGCUCUGCAACAACCAGAUUGUUGACGAGACCACCCUGAAACCUUCGGCCAGGAGCCAAGCCUGCCCCAAUCUCACGGCUGGACCUGUUUUGCUUUCAGCAGGCCUCCUGCUCUGGAUGGCCCUUCUGCUCAGCUCAGAGACCUCCUGACCUCUAGCACCAACAUCUGAGCUUUAUCCGGGCCAAGAAUCAUCAGAGCACAGCUCUGGGACCCCGUCCCUCUCCCCCCCAUUCUGCAGUGCCACUGUGAACAAACUUGUGGAGUCGUAACAGCCUCUGAGACUAUGCAGAGUGCAAUUUCCCAUAUCGCUGAGGAACUCUAGCCUGCCCUCUCAACCCCCUGGGGGUUCAAGAGGCUGGCUUCUCCAGGACAGAAGGCAGAAAUUCCAAACAGAGAUGAGUCCCAGAACUCAAGCUGGCCACUAACUCAAGCGGAGGGGCGGGUAGAGACUAGUGGUUAGAGCAGAACAGGACUGGAACUUGGGAUGUCUGGGUUCCGUUUUCAGCUACGGGAGAGUAAAAAGAGGUGAGUGGAUUAAAGCAGGAGUGCCGGACAUCUCUUCUAUCUGAAGAUCCCUGUUGGUGAAUCAGUUUCCUACUGUGAAUAUCAAAACCAGGAACGUCCGUCCUAUUAUUUAUUUUUUAUUUAUUGAGGCGAAGGACUCUCACUCGCAAGGAUUUCGCUGGCUUCCUUUCAUCACUUCCUGCCGGAUACAUCCCUUGCACAAGGCCAUUCAGAAAACAUGGGCACCCUGGCAACACCCUCUCUCCUGCAAUGGCUGUCCACCAAAGCUUGCCCCUCUGAAGUAUGUUAGCCACCUGGGAAUAGUA